AUUCUCAAAAAAUCAUUUUUUACAGUGUGUCAAGUAGUUUUUAUACAACCUGGGUCUCCGGUUGGUAUAACCUAAAUUUCUUCUCCGUGUUUACGAAUUUAUAUUUACUUUACAAGUCUAUAAAAGUGAUUCCUUUGUGUUAUGUAGUACAUUUUGAGGGCGACAAUAUUUUGAAAAAUCAACAAUUGGAUGUAAUAGAAACAGUUGCGGCGAGAUUUGUGUAGAAUUUGACAUCGCUAAGUGUGUAUAAACAGAACCAAAAGAUAGUUUUUAUUAAGUUCAGGUGAAUGAAAAAUGUGGGACUAUGAGGAAGAUGAGGAGUUUUAUGACGGUGGAAAUUACUAUGAUAGUAACGGCGAUUAUGAUUAUGGUUGUAGACAAUACCAUAAUACUCAACGGUACACACCUAUUUUUCUUGCCGUUCACAAUGGUGAUUUAAAUCGUUUAAGUAUUCUACUAAAUAAAAAUAAUUUAGAGGAAACUGUAUUGGGCAAAAGAAUGUUGCACGUGGCAGCAGCACGAGGACACCUACAGAUUGUUGAUUUGCUGAGAAAAAAAGGUGCUAAAAUUAAUGCCAAGGAUUCCGGACGAAGAACACCCUUUUUCAUUGCCUUACACGAAUCUAAAUUUGAAGUAGCCGAAUUUCUUUUGAAAAAUGGUACCUGUCUGGAUAUUCCAAGUAAAGACAGCAUAAAGAUACUUAAUAUCGCGAUUGCAAGGCAGAGUAUUCAAAUUGUCGAAAGUCUUUUAAAAAAAAGUGUCAAUGUGAAUAAAUCAAAUUAUCCAUCUUUCUGGAAAUCAAUGGACAUUGCUGCUAGAGUUGGAAAUUUAGAAAUAGUCAAAUUAUUAAAGUCGAAUAUAUUUGACAAGUUUGAUUCAAAAACUUAUGAAUAUUUAACACCACUACGUUCGGCAGUAUCUAAUCGUCAUUUAAACAUUGUGAAAUAUCUGCUUGAAUAUCAUGGAUCAAAAGUAAAUACAAAAAAUUCUCUCAUCCAUUUAUGUACAAGAGAUGAACAUACAGAUAUCUUGAAGUGUCUACUUGAUUUCGGUUUCAAACAAAAUCUCCAUUAUAAUGACUGCAAUCUACUUCAUUUAUGAUUUAUAAGAGGCGAAUUGAAAAUUUGGAGAUACCUAUUAACCUGUUAUUCGAAAAUUGAAGCUGAAUUAUGCUCCCAGGAAACUGAACUUCAUUCCGCCGUACGUGCGAAUCAAAUCGAAAAUGUGAAAGAAAUCCUCAACAAAGUAGAGUUGAAGUCUCUAGCUGAAGAAUUGGGACAAUUCGCAGUUUACAUUGCUGUUGAAAACGGAAAUGAAGAAAUUUUAAAAAUUCUCCUAGAAGCAGGUUGUUCAGUCGACAGUUGUUUUGGUCACAAUUUAACUCCUCUCCAUAUCGCAGCUACCUUCGAACAUACACGUUUAGUUGAAAUUCUUCUGAAUCAUGGUGCACAAAUUAAUGCAGCAACAAAAGGUUAUAUUCUUCCAUUGGAUUUUGCAGCAACUGUGGGACAUUUUAAUAUGGUUAAAUUUCUCUUAGCCUCUGGUGCUAAGCCCUCUAAAAACAGAGAGAGUCCAACACUAAAAUAUGUACUACAUAAAACCAAAUCAACAAUUACACCUUCAAUGUUUCAAAAUAUAUUAAAAAUAACAGAGUUGUUAUUAAUUGCUGGAGAUCUCAAGGAAAAGAACGAGUGCAUUAUAAAUGAUUUAUUGUAUACAGUCAUUAAUUUAAGAAUUUCUGGCGGGAAUGAACAAACUUCUGUCAAUGACAAUAAAGAGACUGUGAACAUUAAGGAAAAAAAUGAGGAAUUUCGUAUUGCAAUUGUUAGAUACAUUCUUCAUUAUUUAGAAGAAGAUUUACUUGCAGUUGUUGUGGAUUCACAGUUAAGGUAUAUUUAUAAUUCAAGUAUUUUUGAAAUUAUUAGCGAAUACUACGAUAUUAAAUUUCUCCCAAACAAAUUCCUUUUUUCUGAAAAUGAUUGGAGUGAUUUAUUUAUAGUCAAUGAAAUAGAGGACGCCAACAAGCUUUUGCAUAUCACACAAGAGAACGUAUAUUCGAGUGAUCUAUUUGAAGAAAAUAAUAAACUUUUAAAGUUGAUAGUUGGACGUCUCGAAUUAUUAGCACCCAGUGACAAAAGAAUAAUUGAAUAUUUUCAUUCAAGAGAAGAUGUAACAAAAAUUCAAAAAUUUCAAAAUGAAUGUCGACUACAAAUAAUAAAUAUGCAGAAAACAAAAGUUGUCGACGAAUUCAAUUUAACUUUCUACGAUAUUUUGAUAAAGCCUUUUGAUAUAAUUACGAGGUGCAUAAGAGAUGAGACAUUAUUAAACGCCAUUGAAAAGUCGUACGAUAAAUUUCCCGCUUAUGCAAAUUUUCUAAAAUUACGUAUUAAGAAAGCAAAGAGUAAAAUUGAUGUUAUUGACAUGUCAACGAAUUGUUUGCUUCAUUACAUUAAAGGGAAUUUUAGAAUUCAAUUUUCAAGAAUUGAUAUAGAAAAAAUUUUACAAUAUCUUUCAAUGGGCGAUCUAAGAAAAUUAUUAUCAGCAUUUUCUUAAUUUUCACACUAUAAGAAAAAAGUUAUAUAUAUUAACACUUAUAUUAUAAUUAUAUUUACGAUGAAAACAAAUGUGAAAUUUCACUAUAUUAUCUCAUGCUUCCAGUU